AUGCCUAUAAGGAGGAACAAGCUGGUUUUACUGCUAGGAAUAAUCUGUUUGGAACAAGGAAAAUUUGUAACCCAUUCUCGCCCCAAAGCUUCCACCUGUGGGCGGAGUCUAGUUAAACCAUAUCCUGGGAAUUAUUUUAACAUUUUCAGUCGCAUUGUUGGUGGAAGCCAAGUGGAAAGGGGUUCUUAUCCCUGGCAGGUAUCUCUGAAACGAAAGCAGAAGCAUUUCUGUGGUGGAACCAUUGUCUCUCCAGAGUGGGUGAUCACAGCCGCACAUUGUGUAGCAAACAGGAAGAUUGCUUCAUCAUUGUACGUUACUGCUGGUGAACACGACUUGAGUCAGACAGAACCCGGAGAACAAAACCUCACCAUUAAAACCAUCAUCAAACACCCCUAUUUCACCAUCAAGAAACCAAUGGACUAUGACAUCGCCCUUUUGAGGAUGACUGGAACCUUCCGUUUUGGCCAGUUUGUGGGGCCCAUGUGUCUUCCAGAGCCAGGGGAGCGAUUUGAGGCUGGAUUUAUUUGUACAACUGCCGGAUGGGGCCGCUUGUCAGAAAAUGGCCUCCUCCCACAAGUUCUGCAGGAAGUGAACCUGCCCAUUUUGACCCCGAAAGAAUGUUCAGCCGCUCUGUUAACCCUGAAGAAGCCGAUCAGUGAGGGGACCUUUCUCUGCACAGGCUUCCCUGAAGGAGGGAGAGAUGCGUGUCAGGGAGAUUCAGGAGGUGCCCUCAUGUGCCCAAAUAAGAAAGGAACCUGGACACUGGCUGGUGUGACUUCAUGGGGCUUGGGCUGUGGUCGAGGCUGGAGAAACAAUAUGGACAAAAAUGAUCAAGGAUCUCCUGGAAUCUUCACAGACCUUAGUAAAGUGCUGCCAUGGAUCCAAAAACACAUCCAAACCGGGAAACGAAGAAAGAGCUCCAGAGCCUUAUGCAGCAUGCAGGAUGGUGUGGUCAGCGGAUCUGAGGGGAAACUGUCCUUCCCAGAAAGCCCCCACCUAUAUUAUGAGAGCAACCAACUGUGUGUCUGGACCCUGUUAGUACCAACGGAAAUGCACGUGUGGCUCCGCUUUUCCCACUUGGAUGCAGAGUCUUGCCAACACAAUUACUUGUCAAUAUAUUCUUUAGGAGACAGGCUUAUUGGGAAAUUCUGUGGAGAAGACCUCUUUUCAUGCGUUCGCAUUGGCUCUAACUCUAUAAGACUGAAGUUCAUCUCUGAUGGCACAGAUUAUGCUACUGGGUUUAAUCUCACCUACGAAGCUUUGAAACCACACUAUCUUCCUGACUCGGGCUGUGGCUCCUUAGUUGUCCUUUUUGAAGAAGGCCUCAUUCAGAGUCUUCACUAUCCUGGAAACUACAGUAACAGGGCUAACUGUAACUGGAUUUUUCAAGCCCCCAAACAUCAUCAAAUUAAGCUUUCAUUUCAGAGUCUGGAAACCGAAGAAAACGGAGACUGCACGUCUGACUACGUGGCAGUGCACAAGGAUGUGGAACGGAAGGAGCAAAUCGCUCGCGUGUGUGGCUUUGCCCUCCCUGACCCUGCGCUGAGCUCUUCUGGUGUAAUGUUCAUCAGCUUCCGCUCAGAUGAAAGCGUGACCUUCAGUGGCUUCCGGGCUCGAGUCUCCUUCAUUUCUGGAGCAGAUUCAAACAUUUCCACACCCAAGGAUGAGCCAAUGCUUCUGGAGAGUCCCUGGAAUGUACUACGUGGAGUAACUAAUGUCUCUGGAGAAAGUGAUGUGGUGUCCAGGAACGUAGGUAGAGAAGCUGACGAGCUGUCCAAUAUUCCCUUAUUUAGAAAUGUUAGUGCUGGAAAUACAGGGGCUGCAGCUGUCUAUGCGUUCACCGUUACUGAACCGAGGACAGAGGCAUAUGCAGAUUUCUAUAGAAAUGAUGAUUCCAUGAAGGAUUUGGACGAGAUGAGCAAAGCUGGUAGCUUUAAAAGUGCAAAGUGA